GCGCUGCAGGGGCAGGCACUGGUUGCUGUUCUCACCGCUGGCAGAUGGUCUCCUCCUGCCAUAUGAUGAUCUACUUGACAGGUACCAAAUGGCCUGUCUCUACAACUGACCCUACAGCCUGUCUUUGUGGGCCUUCUGCUCUUUUGUUUUCUCCAGUAAGUAGUUUGUCCAAAGGAGACUGGUAUCUAAUAUUCUUACUACAUUUUACUUUAUAUCUGGCUUUAUUGAGAGUAAAUAGUAAAAUUCCCUUUAAGAAAUGAAACUGCAGCAACUUUGAGCAGCCAUGUUAUUCCCCAUUGUGUGAUUGUAGGAGAUUCCUACUUUAAAGGGAAGAGAAGCUCCUUCAGGUGCAUAAACUCUAUGGUCACUGAUUAUUCAAUUUUAAGAUUUCCAAAUCUUUUUAGACAGCAGAUUUUGUUUUCUAAGAAAUAGAGAUCAUGACUUGCAGAAGUAAAUUUGAUAUGGGGAUUAUGCAUAAUAAAAUAAAUAAAGUCUCUAUCUUGCAAGCUGUUCCAUGUGUGGAUCCCCAUGAUUCAAUAUGGGGAUCUUUCUUCACAGAGCAAUUAAAAGUAUUUUGGCCUAAUUUUAUCUGUUUUUCACCCUAUUCUUGGUAGUUGCUACUGAGAACACUAGUUUCACCCCUUCAUAUAAACGUUAUCCAAAAUAAACAUGCAUCCUAUAAUGUUAGGUUUUUGGAAGUUUUCAGAAGAAAACUAUGUAUAUGCUUGUGAUAUAUAAUUUAACAUGUAAUUUUCAUUUGGCAGACUGAGAGGUACAUGUGUGACUAAAUGUUUUCGAGGUAGUUUCACUUAAUGAUGUUAUGGGAGAGAAGGAGCCAUGUCAGAAGAAGCUGUUAGUGAGACACACUUUUCUUUGAGGACAGCAGCUUUACGAGUAUUUGAUUUUCCCCUUUCCUGGUAUUAUUCUGUCAUCCAGGUAAAACUUUCCCCUGGGUUGAAGAAGCUGUUUGUAGUAACAGCAGUAAGUGCAGUUUCUGUAAUUUUCCUGGCACAUCAUUUUAAAAGAAAACGUGGAAAGACAAACACAGAAGUGUCACCAUGGGAGCCAGGCCAUCUUGUAUUAGAAUGUACUAAAACAGCUGCAUCAGAAAAAGGUUCCAGUUGUUCCAGUAGCAGACAAAACUUGACUCUUUCCUUGAGUUCAGCCAAAGAAAAAGGAUCUCAGUCUUGUGUUUAUGCAAAUGGAGGACUUUUCAGUAAAUAUUCUGGUUCAGUACAAAGUUUGGCCUCGGUCCAAAGUGUCACCUCCUCUCACAGUUGUGCUUGUGCCAAUUCCAGUUCCUGGGACAAAGCAGAGGAAGAUAUUAAACUUGUAAAUAUUCCAGUGACCACACCUGAAAACUUAUACUUAAUGGGUAUGGAGCUUUUUGAAGAGGCACUACGUCGAUGGGAGCAGGCACUGACUUUCCGUAGCAGACAGGCUGAAGAUGAAGCAAAUUGUAGUUCCAUCAAACUAGGAGCAGGAGAUGCCAUUGCAGAAGAGAGUGUAGAAGAUAUCAUUAGUGCUGAAUUCAUUCAUAAGCUUGAAUCCCUGCUUCAAAGAGCUUAUCGUCUUCAGGAGGAGUUUGAGGCAACCCUUGGGGCAUCUGAUCCUUCUUCCUUAGCUAAUGAUAUUGAUAAAGAUACCGAUAUAACGGUGAAGGAUUCCGCAGAAGAUUUCUGUCUGCGAGAUACACUGAGCAUUGCAUCAACAGACUCCUUUGUUUCAGCAGCUGAGCUUACUGAACACAGAGAGAUCCGAAAUACCUAUGGUCUAGAGUCUCUUUGCCAUUGUCUGUUAUAUGAAGAAGCUAUGCACUUAGCAGAAGAGGGCAAAAUUUAUUCCAGAAUAUUAAGGACUGAAAUGUUGGAGUGUUUGGGGGACAGUGACUUUCUUGCUAAGCUUCACUGUAUUCGACAGGCUUUUCAGGUCUGUAUUGCCUGGAAAUUUUUCCAGGUAAUUCUUUCAGAAACAGCUAACAGAGUAUUUCUUGCUGAGAGUGGAAGAAAAAUUUUGUCUGCUUUAAUUGUGAGAGCUCGAAAGAAUCCAAAGAAAUUUGAAGAGGUCUUUGAUGAAAUGAUACAUUUUUUAGAGCAAACAGACCACUGGGAUAAUACUGAAAUGGAACUUGCUGCCAGGGGGGUGAAAAAUCUAAAUUUUUACGACAUUGUUCUGGACUUUAUAUUAAUGGAUUCCUUUGAAGAUUUAGAGAAUCCACCCACAUCUAUACAGAAUGUAGUAAACAACCGCUGGUUAAAUUCCUCUUUUAAAGAAACUGCUGUGGCUUCAAGCUGCUGGUCAGUACUGAAGCAAAAAAGGCAGCAAGUGAAGGUACCUGAUGGAUUUUUUGCACACUUCUAUGCCAUUUGUGAGCAUGUCAGUCCUGUUUUGGCAUGGGGCUUUUUGGGACCUAGAAACUCUCUUUAUGAUUUAUGCUGCUUCUUUAAGGAUCAAGUUCUUUACUUCCUCAAAGACAUUUUUGACUUUGAAAAGGUGCGAUAUUCAACUAUGGAAAAUUUAGCUGAAGAUCUUAUGCAAUUGCUAAUGCGUCGCACUGAACUUUUAAUGGCCUACCUUGGAGCCGAUUCACUAAGGCAUGUCAGUGAUUGCAUAAAUGAUCAUGGACACAUCAUGGCCAAUGGGCUUUUGGAAGAAAAAGUACAAUAAGCUUAAAAAAAACUAAAUUGAGUGCACCUUGCCUUUUUUCCCCCUCCAGUGCUGUCAUUGCUAUUUUUGAGCAAACAUCUGAAAAUGUAACUGUGUUGCUAAAUAUGGAAUGGACUCAGGGAGAUUAAAAAAAAAUUUUAGGAAAAGAACUGGUGAGCAUAUUACAGUAUAUAUACCUAAAUUAAAAAUCACAGCUCAGCUGUCUCUGUAUUUAUAUAUAAUGUACCCCAAAGUUUUUUUCUGCAAUAUUUGGGUAAAAUUUAUUUAUAAAAUACUGUACAUUUGCCACAGAUGAUAUGUGAUAUGUGGUAUAUGGAGUUAUUAGAUGUUUGUCUUUUAAGCCUUAUUACAUGAAAUGUUCAGUACAAACUCUGCAAUGUGCUUUAUGUCUAGGAAGUGUUUCAGCCAAGAUAUACACAUCUUUCAACUUAUUAUGUGAUACACCCGCAAAAAAAAAAAAAAAGAAAAAAAAAACUUCACAAAAUAUUUAACUACGCCCUAAAAUUGUGUUUGUGUAUGUAAGCAGUCAUUUUGUAUUGAAACAUAAUGGAAUAAAUGCAGUCACCAUUUGGGCAGGUGAAAAUAACAUGAAAAACUCAAUGCUAAUUGAUGUUGGCUUAAAAUAUGUAAAUACAUCAUCACUGAGGUUGACAUUUGAAAUCACUAGUGUGAGAUCACUGUUUGAUAUAUUCUAAAAGUAAUGACAGUUUUUUCAGGUUAAUUAAUUGGUUUAAAACUCAUCUUUCUCGGUUUUUAAAACAAUGCAGUUAUGAAUAAACUAGUAUCAUUCUUCAUUCAAAUGUAGCAUUUUAACUAUAUUUUAAAGUAAGGCUGUAUGAUAAAACCUAAAGACUUGUUGUUUCUCAAUUAAAUCAGUCUCAGUCUUUUCUUUCAAAAAGCCAACCUUUGGUUUGGGAGAGAACUUUAUAUAUGAGUUUUGGAAAGUUUGUGUAUCUGUUCACACUGGUGCUCAGUUCCGGGUAUCUUUUGUGUAGUCUUGUCUUGAAUUCAGAAUAAAAAGUUUAAGGAAAAACUUUUUCGUGGGUAUCCCUUUGAGAGAAUCCUCAAAGACCCUUUUUAUGGUACUUUAUAAGAAUAGAGUAUUUCAGCAUCUGAGUGAUACACAGAAUAAAUUUUUAGCUUUUAAAAUAACAUUUUAGAUUACAGAGUUCCAGAUUCUGAUACUUAACACUCAGCUUUGGAACAUUAAGUUUAAUGUUACAUUAUAGUCCAAAAACAAAAAAGAGCUAAGAUUUUUUUAAAUUUUUAUUAAUGUGCUCUUCCAUAAUUCAGUUUUUAAAGGAAAACAGAUUAAAACAUUUUACUUAUAUAUAAAAAUAUAGAAUAACCUGUAGCAUCUUAAUGUGCUGGCACCUGCAUUUGUGACUUCUUGACAGUAGUUGCUAAUGCAGACUACAAGCACUAUUGUCACCAUAUGCUAGAUUGUAAGUGGUUUAGUAGCUACUCUUUACUCUGCACUUUCUGGCCUAGAUAUUUAGAUGUGGACAAAAUGUGCUUUGUGCUCUCUUGGUCUCAUAGCAUAUAUUAGAGACGCUUUCAGAUUCCUGUAACUUGUGCUGGCUGCCAUCUGCCAUAUGGUCCAGUACAGUAGCUGGGGAUCACCAGGGUGCAGAGAGCUUGUAGCCAAGUCCCUUUUCCCUGGCCACAUUCCCUACACUAGUGGUCAGGACUAAAGAUGGUGCAGGAUCCUGUAUAUCAAACUGAAGUGAUCUUUCCAUGGCUGGCCUCACUGGCUUUCGGGCUGCUUUUGAACUGCUUUUGCACCAGCAGUGUGACAUAAAACAGCCACAACAUUGAGAGAAACUGUUGCAUAUAUAAUAAACUUAAUUUGGGAUAAUUACAAAAAACUCUGCAGCUUUGUAGCUAAAAGUUUCUAGUUUGAAAUAUGUAAACAAACUGGAAUUGUAUUUCAUUAAAUAUAUUUCUGCUUCUAUUGCAAAAACCAAUCCCAAAAAAUUAUGGGUAAAAUCCUGGAUUAAGAUAAAAAUUCUGAAUAUAAGAAGGGUGUUGUUAUUACUUGUGAAUCUGUAUGAAAUGUCAACUGAAAUAUUGUUAAAAUCAGAAUUAUAUUUGAUGUGUAUGUGUAAUACAGAUACCAAAAACUGUU